CAAGUGUUAGACCAUAGAUGCAAUAAAAAGGGUUGUUUAUAGGCUCACUAUUAGAGAAGGGAUGGUGAGUUGAAGAUGAUGACCGGAAACUUGAACGGCGGUGGAAGAGGAGGAGGGGAAGGACCAUGCGGGGCGUGCAAGUUCUUGAGGAGAAAGUGUGUGAAAGGGUGCGUUUUCGCUCCUUAUUUCGAUGCAGAGCAAGGAACUGCGAGAUUUGCAGCGGUUCACAAAGUGUUUGGAGCCAGCAAUGCCUCUAAGAUGUUACUGAGAUUGCCUUUGCACAAGCGACUUGAUGCAGUCGUCACGCUCUGUUACGAGGCCAUGGCAAGGCUUCGUGAUCCUGUCUAUGGCUCUGUUGGCCAUCUCUUCUCUCUUCAACACCAGGUGAUGAAUCUACAAGCAGAGCUUGCUCAUGUUCAAGCUCUUCUUUCAACAUUUCAGCGUUUUCCUCUACAGUCGCCACAACAAAUGCAGCCACCGCCUUAUGAUCUUGCGCAUAACAAUGAAUAUGCGAUGGAACCGAGUAAUUUGGAUGGUGUGUGGGAAGAAGAACAUUUACUUCAAGAUGGAACUGAAGAUGGGGAUUUCCAAGAACUGGCGCCGCAGUUCGUCUCAAGGUAUUUACCGGCGGUCAAACUUCCGGCUUGCACUUAGGUCAAACUACAAGUCAAGAACUUAUGUAUUAUAGCAGUGGAGAGUAGAAAAAUGGGACGUGUCUCUGUUCCCAAUAGUUGACCAUUCCGCUUAAGAUCAUGAUAUAGCUAAGUAUGUAUGCCUGUUAAGAGUUCAAAUUGGUUCUUGCAUGGAGUGUUUCUUCGACAAAACUUCAGAUCAUGGUAACAGAGCAAACAAUGAAAUGCUUAUCGAGCAUGGAAUAUACUGUGUCUUGACGU